ACGUCUAUUCAACGCGGCCAUUUUCGACGAGGGUCGGUAGAGUUGGGGUCUGGAGUUGGUGGAUGUGAUUUCGUGUUGUGUGGGUUUGAUUAAGGAGACAAAAGCGCCAGGAUUGAGGAAAGAUGAUGGAAGAGAGUGGAAUAGAGACUACCCCACCAACCACUCCUCCACCUCCCCCCAGUGUGGCCGCUGCUGUUAGUCCUCCUCCUCUCACAGUGGGUCUGUCUGCUCCACUGACCCUUCCCAACACCACAGGCAUCUCCAGCUUUGUCCCAGAAGGCUACUCCACUCCAGUACGCCCUGCAGCAGUGACCUCCACCCUGCCUCCAAUUCAUUCCUCUGCUCCUCCUCCGUUUACUCUCAGCCCCAUGAACCCUCUGUCCACAGCUUCCCCAGCCACUGCUCCUCCACUGGGUGGAGGUGUGCCGUACAGCAGUCCCAUGGCCCACUUCUCCUCCCCAGCUAUGGCUCCUCCUCUCAGCUCCACUGCACCUCCUCCAGGACCAGCCUUUACUGCUCCACCUAUGGGCCCACCCACAACCGGCUUUGCUAUGAGUGCAGGCUAUGAUAUUACUCGUGGACACGCUGGUCGCACGCCACAGACGCCACUAAUGCCUAGCUUUUCCAGUGCACCUCCCAUGCCAGGUGUGGUUACAAACCCAAUGAUGCAACAGCCAGUCAUGUCAGGUGGUCUGGAGGUGGUGUCCCCCAUUACCUUCCCAGAGGACCAUGAGGAUCCCAGAAUCACUCCAGAGAACCCUUCUGGAGGAGGAAUUUGGGGCUUCAUCAAGGGUGUGGCGGGUAACCCCAUGGUGAAGAAUGUUCUGGACAGAACCAAACACUCUGUGGAGUCCAUGAUCACUACACUGGACCCUGGAAUGGCUCCAUAUAUUAAAUCAGGAGGUGAUGUGGACAUUGUGGUGACGUCGGAUAAGGAAGUUAAAGUUGGAGCGGUACGAGACGCCUUCCAGGAGGUGUUUGGCCUGGCCAUGGUGACUGGAGAGGCAGGCCAGUCCAAUAUUGCUCCUCAGCCAGUGGGUUAUGCAGCAGGAGUGAAGGGAGCCCAGGAGCGCAUUGACAGUCUGCGGCGCACUGCCAUAAUCCACGAGAAACAGCCUGUGGUGUCCGUGGAGAACUUCAUAGCUGAGCUCUUUCCAGACAAGUGGUUUGAUAUUGGCUGUCUAAUUCUGGAUGACCCAGGCAAUGGCAUUCACAUCGAGGCUUUCACACAGGCUACUCCCGUGGCCCUGGAAUAUGUACAACAGGCGCAGUCUCUCACUCCUCCAGACUACAGCCUGCGGUGGUCUGGCCUGCUCGUGACCGUGGGAGAGGUGUUGGAGAGGAACGUGCCCAACGUUAGCCGGACAGACUGGCACCUGGCCUUUACUGGCAUGUCCCGCAGACAGAUGAUCUACAGCGCUGCCAAAGCUCUGGCUGGAACGUACAAACUGCAGCUGCCCCCCAGGACGGUAUGAGUUUACCUGAACGCCCCUCAAAUCAAAUUUCCCCACAAAGCAGGUUCACUGCCUGUAAGAAUGACACGCCUGGCAGCCUAUAGAAACUCUUUUCCCAUCUGUUGUACAGAGGAUGUGUCCUGUCCGUUUCUAGCACAUGCUUUAAAUCAUGAGGGAAUAUACCUGGGUUUUGGAGUUCAUUGACUGAAGUAGAGCAAAUCAAAUCAUAAAAGUUCACAGUUCAAAAUUGAUCAGUGCUGCUAUAAAGGUCUGAGCAGAUUUGGUCCUUCUUUCAUGCAUUUAUAUACAAUGUUCAUAUAAACACAUAUAUAAAUAUAGUUUAACAUAAUGGCAGUGUCACGCGAAAAUAACUUUACUUUGUGUAAUUAUAUGGUGAUAGAUUGAUCAAAAGAAAUGCUCUACUCUUUUCACAUUUGCUGAUGGUUUAGCUUUUUUUUGGUUUGUUUUUUGGCAUGACAUCUGUGAUUGUUAUUACAAACUAUUUGCCAACGUUUAUGCAAUUUGUCCUCUGAGUAUGUUUGUAAGGUUCUAUAUUUAAAGUAUGCACAUCGUUCGAUCUCGCAUUUGAAUCCACUGCCAGUUCAGAGAGAUCUGCGUGUAAACAAAGUGCAUUUGGCCAAUCAUCACAACAUUGAACAUUUUGAAUAAUGCUAAAUAUCGCUUAUUAUUUUUGUCUACAACAUUACAGAUAUCAAGAUAUUUGGGGGGGGUAUUUGUAAAACAAUUUUAAGGUUGGCAGGUCUGUUAGUAUCGUGUAAAAUGUCUGCUAGGUUUUGCUAGACUUUGAAAGGCAUCCUAUGCAUUAAGAAAGUACCACUAGAUGGCUAUAUUGAGUAAAUAAGUAGAUUCAGAAGUGGAACAGAACACGGACCAUACACCUUUGAGCCAAGCUUUGCCCAUUACACAAUGAAGUAUAUUGUUCUAAAAUAAGUCAUCCCAAUCCGUAUUCCAGAUAUAGGAUACUAGUAUAAAAAUAUACUACAAUAUAAUUACGCUUAUUACAAUUGAGCUUAAUGCAGUUGUGAAUUGAGGCUGAUUUAGAUUGGAAAACAAUACAUAAAAAAGGUGUUGUAGAGUUAAUUUGAUGGUUUUGUAGAUGUAGUAAAAGAGUGAAUUCAUGUCCUCGAUUACAGAUUUGAUCCUUCCCUGAUGUGUGUCAUGCAGGCGGCUAUUUAUAGCCUAUCCCGCUGUGUACGCCUUUGUUAGCACAGACUAUUAAUCACAUCAAGUGUCAGAAAUAUCCGGUGGGGAAUGUUGGAGCUCAGGUCAAUUUGAAAUAAUGUGAUUUGUUAGACAGGUUCUUCAAACACUUUAAAGCAGCAUUUUUCAUGCAUCAAUUAAGAGCCAGAUUUAUAUCAUUGUCCCAAACUUUCUCACAUGUUCAAUUUAAUAUGGUAACUUUAGCUCUGUCAUGACAGUUGUUAUUAAUUUAUCAUAUAAUAAAUGUAGAGACAUAAUCUUACCCAUUAACAUUCAUUAACGAACUGAUAUGUUGACUAAAAAUAGCUAUUUUAUUUGAUUUAUGUUUUAGGAUAUUUUAAAAUAUUCAUAUUCCAAUUUCCUUUGUUUGAAUUAUCUUCAUGAUGAGCAGUUGUAUGUGCAUUAUUGUGCUAUUAUAGAAUCAUUUCACUAGCAUAAAUCGGUACAAUAAUGAUAGUAUUGUUUAUCACACUUAUUUGUGUGCGAGUGACAGUCCUAGUUAAAUGAAUAACUUUUACUUUUUAUUUAUGCAUGAAAGUUGGGCCAAAUCAAGUCUUAACAUUUUUGAACCCAGUUUAUCACAGAUUUUCAAUUCAGAGGCAAAAAAAACCUCAGGGAGAUAAGACAAGAGGACUGACGACCCCUAUGAAAUAUUCCCGACCUCUAACAUUUGUAAAUGUUUGUAUUGUUUUUGAAUUGUCACUCAGUCUGUCACCUUUGAUUGUUGUUUGCCCUUUUUAAAGCACAAAUUGUGCAGUGUAAAUAGAGUAAAUAUGUGGUAUUCUGUUACCAAAGGACAUGUAUACUGCUGCAGCGCAAGUGCUUUUGAAAGAAGAGAGGUGCAUUUUUUAUUUUAUUAAGGGUUUUCUUUUUUUAUUUUUUGCUUUCAGUGAAUCAAGUGUUAAGGUUGUCCAUAACAUUAUCUAAACUUCACCAGAAUCAUCAUGUUACUACGUUAUUCUAGCUUGAAGAGUGCAGAAUCUAAUAUUUGCACACAUUGUAAGCCUAAAAACUGUGUCUUUACAUUUAGUGACUGUACAUAAGCAUGGACAGUGCAACACCGCUCAAAAGUGAUUCCUUCACAGGUCUAGCGCCUCUGCUGGCCAGUUGCAGUAUGAUUUGUAGCUAUGGCCAUCCCUAUAUAUUUCAAUGAUAAAACAGCCUGUUUUUCAUCUAUUUUUUUUUCUCUAAACUGUCUUUUUAGCUCCAGUAUCUAAUUCCAGCAUUUAGGUUUUUCUGUGCUAAUAUUGGCACUUUUUCCAUCACAGUUUUUAAUAUUAUUGUGUUCAUUGACUCUCUCAGCACCUCGGGGGUGAAACUGAACCGCAGUAUCUUUGGUUCAUCUUUUGAAACGUUACUCUUCUUGGACAAACAAAGGUUUCAGGCUUUGCUGAAAACUCAAUGUAGGCAGUCUGAGACACUUGUUCUUGAAGUCUUUGAGAAGUCAUGGUUUGAUAAGGUCCAUUUUUUUUAAUGAUGUAAAUAAAGUCAUUGAAAAUUACUAUUAAGUGCUCAGUUUACCAGACAGGGCUAAGCCUAAUCUUGAAUGAUACAGCAUUUUGAAUUAACUUUUUUCUUAAAGGGAAUGUGUAUUCUGUGACUAGGAUUAGUCCCUGUCCGUGAAACUGACUCAAACGGUUUAAAGAAUGGUUGGCUGGCAUUCAUAAUGUUAAUGAUCUUGGCAUUUGGAACAAACAAAAUUGGUGGUAAUCUUAUUUAAAAUUAAAUUAAAUGAAUUAAGUUUUGUCAGAAUCAAACUACCCAGUACAAAAAAAUGGUCAACACAAUUUCCUUACAGUAAAAGUGAAAACACUGUGCUCAGUUAUAACCUUUAUUAAUUAAAAACUAAUUGAAUGGUUCUCUGUUAAUGUUGAAAUCCGUUUUUUUCUGACUCUUGUCCAUAUUCUGAUGAUACUGAUGUAGGCCCACAGUCUGACCCCCACCUCAGAGUGAUACAGAAGUGAUGCUGAUCUGUGCGUGACCUCUGGGGGGAUUGUCCUGUAACAGCGGCGUGUCUGUAGAGAUAUAAGAUGUGUAGUGCUCUACUGUUUUCUAUCAAUGCCAAAAUCACUGUUAUGUAUGAAAAGAAAGAUGUGUGAUGUAAAUGAAGAGAUUGAAAAAGAUGUAGCAUUGUCUCAGAGCAUCAUCUAGAUGAAGAAAAACAACUGCCUUUAUUAAAAUGUUGUGUUUGCAUUUUUAAAGCAGAUAUGGAUGUUUUUGUCUUUGGACCUCCUUAGAAUUGUACUUCCUGAAGGUGCCUUCUGCCAGCAGAAGAGUAAAGACCUUUUUGGUAAA